AUGCUGUUCUUCUCGAUGGCCGGGAUGGCCUGCGGCCUUCUGCUCGGCGUUUACCACGGCGAUAAGCUCAAGGUGAAAGACUGCCUCGACUCGGUGUUCUUCCACUCCCAUCGGGUCUACCACGAGAAGGCACUUUUUACAGAAGCAGCAGCCGGGGCACUGGCCUCGAGGCAGCACCCCAUGAGCCUCUCGCAGUGGGAGAGGGCAAGUUCCAGCUCACAGGGUUCCGUGAUGGCGAAGCAUUUCCAGGUCAUGAGCGCGGCUGUUUCAGCCACUGCGCACUUCGUGGGCCGAGCAGCAUGCUCCGCGACUGAUCUUGACGCCACCAUCCUGGCGUCGAAGGCGUGCCGCUUGAAAGCAGCCAGCAGGAGGUCCAGCUGCAGGCCUCCCACCUCCCCAGCGGCCACGGCGCUGGUGGCCGCGGUGCUCCCGCUGCCGGCGGAGCCCGAGGCGCCUUCCGCGCCGGCGCGCUCGGCGUCGCCUUCCGUCGCCGGCGCCAGAGAACCGGCGCAUUGCUUCACGCCGCCGCGGCGCCCGUGCUCGCUGCAGCCGAGGUCGGAGCCCGCUCAGCCGCGCACCGACCUGGUGGGUCGGAGGAAGAGCCUCGCCGAGCGGAUCGAGGCGCGUGGCCUCAGCCCACCAGCCUGCUGGGACAUCGGGCGCGAGUGCGGGCCGCCGGACCCGCCCGCGCUGGACAAGGCAGAGGGCUCUGGGCGCGUGCGCCACCAGAUGCAGGCCUUCGCGGCCGCCGUGCUCCACAGGUGGAUCCCCAUGUCCAGCUGGUGUUCGAAGCCGCGGAAGGUCAAAGUCGGGGACCAGUGGCUGGUGAAGCCGCCGUCUCCGCGUCGACCGCUUAGGCCCUGGGUGAAGGCCAAAGCAAAGGCGAGACCUGUGAAGAAGCAGCUCACCGCGAAGGCCAAAGCCAAGAAGAAGGAGCUGGCCAUGGGCUGGCGCCGUCGGAAGCGAGUCAAGGCCAGCACCCACAAGCACCUAGAGGGCAGCAAGAACGCGGAGCCGGUGCCGAGUGGUCAGCGUGUGCCACCUUGGGAGUGCACGCCAUGCUCGGACUCGCUCAAGCGGAAGGUGGUGAACUUCGGGUUCCGCUCGAGCUGCCCUGUUUGCAAGAGGUCGGCUCCGCCGGAAACCCUCCUGAAGCAGGAGGCCCAGCGCGCAGCCGCCCAAGUGGAGAAGCGCAAGGCAGCAGGCAUCGGCAGCUGCCAGUUCUUCAACCUCUCCAGCGACGACGGUGACGAGAAGCAACCGGUGGACGAGCUUCUUGACUGGCUGAAGAAGGCGAACGAGGACAAGAACAAGGAUACCCACAAGCAGAAGGAGGCCAAUCCUGCGCGGGAGGGGCCAUUGGAAUCGACCGCUCAGCUUGGUGCCAGCCUCCAGGCCCUGAUCGACAAGGCCACCAAGAAGGACCAACUGACCGAACUGAUCCAGUACCUCGGCCCGCUCAUGAAGGCUCCCCGCUCGGCCGAGUCCAUGGGCAGGUUGCAGGCGCUGCACAGCCAGGCCAGCGAGGAUAUCGACAAGACGGAGAAGGAGCUGGAGCAGCUGCGGAGUCUGCAGAGGCGGACCAUCCACUUGCCACAGCCCAGUCGCAUCGGCGGCGAGGCUGCUGGCGAAGUACUGCCACAGCCCAGUCGCAUUGGCGGCAAGGCUGCUGGUGAGCUGAAGGAAGACGACGAUUUUGAGUUCGCGGAGAUCCCGCCCUUCCCGCUGCUGGGCAGUGCCGUCAGCCCCAGUGCGGACGACGAGGGCGCCGCGGAGAUGGCGUCGCCCGCGGUCGACGCGAGUGGCUGUCCCGCUACCCAUGAGGACUUCGAUGCCAUGGCAAGCAUCUGCAUCGAGGCGAUUGGCAAGGACAGGUCCGAAGCCAUGCGGCGCAUCAAGGGCUUCAGUGAGCGCUUCGGUGUGGAGGAGGAAUGGCAGUCCACCUUUGGCCGCAUGUUCGAGAAGCCCCCUGACGCAGCGCGCGGGGCGCUCCUGGCGGCGCAUGCUGCCAGCGGCCUCGCGGCGUGCCACUCCCGCGCGGGAGUGCGCAUGCUGCGCGCCGCUGAGGGGCUGCUUCGCGCAGCCAUCGUCGAGCUCGGCUCGAAGGCGGUGCCGCCUCCCUCGCCCGCGGCCGCGGCGCCCUCCCCGAGGCGCCAGCGGCCUCGCGGGCGCGGGGGGCGCGGUGCUGGGCCCCCGCCCUACGGGUCGGGCCCCGACGGUGGCAAGCAGGAGCAGCGGCACAACGGCGGCGGCGGCGCAGCGGCGGCUGGCACGCUGGGCGGGGGCCCAGGCGCGCAGGCGGCGGCAGCGGCUCGGCAGGCUCCUCCGCGCGCUCGGAGCGCCGUGGCGGCCCGUGAGGGCCCCGUCGCCGACGGCAUGGCGACCCAUGUCGACAGCCGAGGCGACCUGCAGCCCGUCGACUCGGCUGGGGAGCGCCAGCAGCCCGCGGCAGCGGCCGCGGUGGGCCGUGCGGCGGUCAAGGGACAGGCGAAGGAGGUCGUCCCCCCCACGGAGGUGGUCCAGCAGCAGGUGCAGCGGACCCUGGAGCGCUUGGCCUCGAUGAAGUCGCGCGGCAAGUCCGACGAGUUCAUCGCCCUGAGCCGCGAGAACGAGGUCGACAUCUCUCUCCAGCUCAUUGUUCGGAAGGCCCCCAGGGAUCCGUGGUUGAACGCCUGGCCGCCCGUCGCGCGGCACGACGCUUUCGACGCGCUCCUGGACGCCAACGUGGGGAAGAUCCCGGGGCGCCACGGGGCAGAGCAGAUCGAGGCGGCGGAGUAUUCCUUGAGGGCAGAGCAGUGGCCCGACCGGCUCGUCUUGCCGUCCGCCCUCCGAGUCUCCAACGGGCCCUCUGUUGCCGCCGCCUUUGUGAGCGGGCCGCCGCUGCCACCCGCCGGCUGGGAGGAGCUCGCCACGAAGACCCGCGGGAAGUCCAUCCGGGAGAUCGAGGAGGCGCAGGCGCAGAUCCAGGCCAGCAUGCGCGAGGUCUCGCAGGCGGCGGCGUGGUCGGACGCGCCGGCCCCCGCGCAGAGGGGGCAGCUCAGCGCCCGCAGCGCCUUCGGUCGUGCGUCCAGCAACCCUCCUGCGGCAAUAGCGUCGGCGGGGCUCAACAGGACACACGAGAAGGCGCGACGAGAAGAUCAGGCAAGAGAACCUUGCCUUCGACAGGCGCCUCCAGAGCGUGAGGGCAGUCAUCACUCCCAGGAAGACCGCCGCGGCGGACAUCCCGAAGCUGUCCGGCCGCAGCUGAUGGCACUUCCACCAGAAGCGUAGGAGCCGUCUGAGUGCAUCCGCGGGGAGGGGCGCAAUAUGAGCUUCUGAGCCGUCCUUGUGGGAAGCGAGGACAUGUCGAGGUGCCUUGCUGCGCAUGGAUGCUUCUAGCCAAGUGUUGGUGCUCAAUCGCCGCAACGGCUUUGAUGCGGUCUGGCAACUAUGGUAGCGUGCUGGCAGCAGUUGCAGCACGCGUCUAUGAACCAAGUGCCGACGCUAUGCCUGGUUCGUUAGAAUUGCGCGUGGCUCUCCCGCGCCUUCUCCCGCGGCUCUAGAUUGGCACAUGUCUGCCCUGUGCGGUGCCUCUCGGAGCCACUGCCGUCUAAGCCAUUCGUCUCACUGGGCACGCCAAAUAAUUCCGCGGCGUCAGCUCCAACAUGGAGGCGUUGCCAUUGAUGCCCUCACUCCUUCUUGUCCCUGCUUCUCUCUCCAUCUCUCUCCCUCCCUCUCUCUCUCUCUCUCCCUUCCUCUCUCUCUCUCUCUUUCUCUUCUGUUUGGUCUACCACUUCCUGGGGACCAGGUCUUCAUCCACAGUAUGGCCCCUUCAAACGUUUGUGUCUGUAGCGUUGUUCUUCGUCUCUGGCCUCUGUCCCUUGCCGGCCGCGGCAGCCUCCCCGACGGGCGGCCAGAGGGCGCCGGAGGCGCACCCUGGCCGCCCGCGCUGGCGUCGGAGGGAGGCGGCGGUCGAG